AUGUUUGCUAAGCCAAGGCCAAAGAAGACCUUAGGGCUACCUCCGAAAAAGAGAAAAGCCCAUCACAGCAUCGAAGAAAUCUCCUUUGACAAUGAUGCGCGCGCCGACUACCUCACCGGCUUCCAUAAGCGCAAGCAGGCGAGGAUAAAACAUGCACAGGAGCAGGCAGCUGAGCAAGCCAGAAAGGACAGGAUCGAGAUGAGGAAACAGCUGCGAGAGGAGCGCAAGCGAGAUAUCGAGAAACACGUGGAACAAGUCAACGCACUUUUGCGAGAGGCUCAACAAGCCGGUCAGGACGACGACUCCGACUCCGAAAAUGGUUGGGAGGGUUUUGACGACGAACCGCCUCCAGAACUGAAGCCAAUGAACUUUGAGGAGGAAUAUAUCGACGAGGAUAGGUUCACCACGGUGAAGAUUGAGUCGGUCAACGUCGACAGGGACGGGCUGCACAGGCCGGAGGACGAAGAUUCUGGAGACGAGGAAGCGAACGGCGAAAGCAAACCCGAAGAAAAAACAACGGAGGGCAAGAAGUCAAGUAAAGACCAAAAGCCAAAGAAGAAGAAGAAAAAAUUCCGAUACGAAACCAAGUUUGAGAGGAGGUUGACGGAGACGAAGCGGAGGGCCAAGAAAUUUGCCGGUGCAGGAUAG